AGGAGGCUUGGCUCUUAUUGAAAAUAAUAACAGGGAGAUCCAGGUUUGAGCAAUAGUAAAAGGUACUUAAUGAGAGAUGACACAAUACUAUUUGCAUUGCUUGGCAACUCCCCCAGUGAAUGACAUAAAGUACACAAGCAAAGAUACUCUUCAUCUAUACAGCAACUGUACUGGCAGCUGAUGCCCGAGACGCACUCCAACUUGAUGCCAUCAUGACUUUCAACUCUAACUUCCACUUCUCAUCGUCCUCCUUCAAUGAAAGCUUCUCUCAAGUAAGAAUCUCUUCCAGCUCCUCCAGUUCACACGGCGCCAGCAAUGGAAUCCAGAGCCGGAUCUCCAAGCCCAUCUCAUGUUCCUCCAGUUCAGGAGCCUUUGACUAUACAAGGGAUUUUAGGGACACUCUGACCACCCACAAUGGCAAAGAGACAAUGCAAAACUUAAAUGACCGCCUGGCCUCCUACUUAGAAAAAGUCCGCUCCCUGGAAGAGGCCAAUACUGGUCUGGAAACUAAAAUCCAGGAAUGGCACAAGAACAGGGCUCAGAAGCACAAACGGGAUUAUAGCAUGUAUGAGAGGACCAUCGCUGAGCUGCAAUCUCAGCUCCUAGAUGGGCACAUGAAUGGAGCAAAGAUAAAACUACAGAUGGAAAAUGCAAAAUUAGCUCAUGAUGCCUUCAAACGCAAGUACGACACAGAGAAAACGAUACGCACCGCCCUGGAAGAUGACUUGGAGAGUUUACGUAGAGCAAUGGACAAUCUCACCAUUGUACGGACAGACCUGGAGAUGGAAGUUGAAGGAAUGAGAAAAGAACUGAUCUACAUGCGGAUGGGCCAUGAAGAGGAUAUGAAGCUUGCCCAGUUUCAGAAGAAAGGCUCCUCAGUAGAUGUGAAAGUUGAUGCACCCCCAUCAGUUGAUUUGGCCAAGACCAUAGCAGAUAUAAGAAAGGAGUAUGAAGCGCUCAUUGAGAAGAGCCGUAAGGAUUCUGAAGACUGGUACAGUAAGCAGUCGUCCACCGUAAAGCAGGAGGUGAGAUCCAACACAGAGGCCCUGCAGAGCAGCAGAAACCAGAUCAAGGACCUGAAACGCACCCUACAGACCUUAGAGAUUGAACUGCAAGGAGAGAUGAGAAGGAAACAUGGACUUGAAGGCACAUUAGCUGAAACUCAGGCCAAUUCAACAGAGCAGCUUCAGAAGAUGCAGUCGACGAUAUGCAGAAUGGAGGCUGAGCUGAGUAACGUGAGGGAUGAGCUUGAACGACAGAACAUUGAAUACCGGGCUCUUCUUGAUAUCAAGACUCGCCUUGAGAAUGAGAUUGCUACAUACAGGGAGCUUCUGGAAGGAAACAAGAUGAGGGGAAGACCAGGCAGUUCAGAAGGUGCUAAUCGGAAAAUCACAACACUAGUGCAAGAUAUGGUCAAUGGAAGGGUGAUAUCUACCAAAGUGAGUGAAAUACCCAAAAAGCUGUGAAGACUAGAGCCAAACUUAAAGGACUGGGAAUGGAAACAAAAUGAAGAAGACUGUCUCUUCCCAGUGUGAUAAAGCUAUAUUCUGUUUACAUAUGCUAAAAUUUGUUAUUGUACACUUGGUGAAACAUAGAUGCAGUCUCUGCCUUUAGACUGUCCAUCUUCAUUUGUAUUAAUGAAAUGAGCAAAAUCAGUGGAGUUGUUAAAGUUAAUGAGGAACUGCUGGACUGAUUAAUACACCAGAGACUCUACAGGCUUGGCAAGCUCAGAAGGUGUACAGUAAGUAGGUAAGAUAUUGUAGAUAUGUCUCUUCUGACCUAGCACCUUCUGUAAGGGGUACAUACACUUAAACAUGAUGGUGAGAUAUUUGGAAAGGUUUGAAGCACUAAUGACAUUUACGGGGUAAUAAAAGUCUAAAGUUUGCCAUAGUUACCAAUUAGAAGUGUAUUAACAGCUAACUAAAGGUUACUAGACAAGGAACAACCCAUAAACUGUUCAUGACAUAACCUCCUAUGGACUGGACAUUGCCUAUGGACUGAAGAUAAAAAAACACUGAUAACAUAACUCAGUGUUGUUCCCAACGUGUAUAAAAAGAUAGGUGCUCUCCUUAAUGGACAUUCUAAAUUGGUGCAGUACACCUUGAGUUGAGAUUACUCCAUUCAGUUAAUUUACUGUGACCAGAGCCCUUCUGCUUAGAGUAUGGCUGCUCUUUGAACCUUGUGCUAUUGGGGAGUUGAUAAAUACAAGGCCCAAUUGUGGCUUGUGUCCGCCAUCAUCUGAUUGACACCCAAGUUAGGGGAUAGGUAGGGGAAGUUAAACCUCUGUGCCUCCCCCUUUAUGAAUACAGCUCUGCCAAAUGUAGGCAGUGUUGUAUUCAUGGGGACUGAAUUGGAGUGUAGACACCUGCGACAAUUGAAUUGGAAGGAAGGGUUUUUUUUUUUGCCCUUUCUAUAUAAACAUAUGAAAUAACAGAUGAAUAAAUCCUUAUUGCACACCCAACUAGGAUGUGCCGUACCAGUUUAGAAUUCACUGGACUGCGGGAGUUUACAGAUGUUAAAUAUUAUUCCUGACUCGGCUGAAUCUUGUGUUAGAACCUCAGCUGUGACAUUUGGCUUGAGUAGGAGAAUCCUUAAAUCUUAGUCUUUGAGGCAGAUUGAUCAAUUUUGAAUCUGAGUGGAAUAAAAAGGGACAACACACUUUUUGGUGACCCAUGUUUUUAAUUCUUGAGCACAAGCAAAUUUAAGCGGUCACAUAUUGUCGUGGAAAGGGUUUCACAGAAAAGAAAACCACAUUAUCGCUCUUUAACUAGAAAAAAUCUUCAUUGACUUCUAUAGUCAGUAAACCAUAAUGACUCCAGUUUUCCAAAAUAUUUUAAAAUAACCUUCUCCUGCAUAUUUGCAUUUCUAGACACAUUUUUUCUCAAAUUUCCAUAGAUCUGCCUCUCUGAAUCUGAGCACUCAUUCUGCUCUACAUUCAUUUGCUGAUCAAUUUUUCAUGUGUUUCUGCAAGUCUAUCUCCUUGAGUUUUAGGUAAACCUUUUUUUUAGAUUGUAAGCUUUCUGGGGAAUGGUCCCCUUGUGGCUAAAUAACAAAUUGUACAGUUCUGUAUGAGUAACACUGUAUUAAGAUAUUGAAAUAAAGGCCCAUAAUGGAGGAGAAAAGAAUACGAUCUGGUAAUUGAGAAUGGAUACAUAUAAAUGUUGUAGGAUACAGAUAGAAUUCAAACAGCACAAGGAACAUGUUUCCGAUGAGACAGAAAGAGAGAAGUUGUUGAGAAGAAGAUAUUUAAGCAUAGGUAUGUUACAUGGUUUUGUCCUAUUGGCAGUUGGAAGUGCUAUAGGAAGGACAAACACGUUUUUUAGACUGUAGAUGGACAUAGAAGAAGACAAGUCUUGCUGGCAAGGAUGUAUCUUUAGGAUUACUUUACUUCCUUAAGUUUUAAGGUCACCAUGUAUAUGGAGUAUCACCCUCCUAUUUAAGAAUAGGAUCAACGAAUUACUGCUUUGUAGACAUCCUUUCCAACACAACCAAAAAAGUGUGUUUUUUUUACUCUAAAACAAAUUCUUUCGGCCAUUUUUAGAGUUUUAGAACCUUAGGGCAGGUUGCCAGAUUCUCAGGUACUGUAUAUGAAGUCAGUCAGCCAAUACAGUAUCCAAUUAAGGUGGUAAAUCGGCUGCACCCCUUUAAGACAUGCAAUCCAUAGACCCUAAAGAAUCCAAGAUAUAAACAUAGUUCAGAAAAGUGUGUUCUUGACGGAAGUGACGUGGAACCGAGUCUUCCUUCCUGCACUGACUUUUUCUUUCAGGUCCAACCUGCUCACUGCUGAUGUUCCAAAGAUAAAAUUAUUUUGUGAUUGUUGUUAAGUUUCUGAUGUUGUGAGAAUUGUUCUUGCAAAAUGUUAAAAUAUGUCUAUUCCCUUUUGUUCCUGAUAUUUAAAGAUACCUGUGACCUUUAUAAUAAAUACAUCUAUUCUAAUAA